CCCCGAUGAUUUGCCGAUUUCCCACUUAGGUACCUAGGUACAUUGCAUCGUGCGCAUUGGAUGCUUCAAGGUUCCAAAAAAAAAAAUCCUCAAGUGUAAAGCUAUCAUCACCACCCAACUUACCAUUGAGCUCCGCAGCGAGCUUAACCAUUCUCGCCAUGGCCAGCCGGAGUGUUUCUCCUGGGGCAGCACUGCUGAGAUCAUCUCGUAUGUUCUCAAUGCCAGCCCCAAUCGCCCCUCCUCCUGGCGACUAUUCUGCGGCGACCAAGCAUUACUCUCCGACUUCCUCUAUCCAUUUCCCAACACAUCUUACUGUGACGACCACCUCAGCAUCUAGAGCUACUGGUGACUGGGGAUUUAAACGGCCACUCCCAGUAAAGACCACCACAAACACCACCUAUCCAUUGGUGCGGGUUAGGAAGGUCGAUUCCACCGAACACGUUACGGACUUCCAAUCUGCCUCGGACCAUGCCAUUACCUUGAAGAAAUUCCAGGAAUUAAGCAUACCACUCUCGGUGCCUAUCCCGAAAUCAUCAGAGUCUUAUGUGCAAAGGAUAUUCCCGAGCUCGGUGUUUGAGGAGGACACCGAUGUGACUGCCUUAACCCCGGAGCAAAAGAGUCAAUUAGCAAACGUCAGGUGGAAGUUCACGGGGCCAUGGCUUGCCGGUAUGACCGAUGGCGAAUUUAAACGGUACCUUGUGAAAAAGGUGCGAUGCAAGCGUGCCGAAUUUCGUGCCGUCAUGAAGCAGACCCUUGCGGCUGAGAUGACGAAAGACCGCGCGCAAAAGGCUAGGGAGGCAGCGGAGACGACAGAAGAGCCACCAGCAGUUACUGCCGACGAUAUCGACGACGCUCUUCUCACAGACUACCUUAGAGAUCUGAGACAAGACCGUAUGACCUUAUUCAACCUCGUUAGCUCCUUCUUAGACCUAGCACCAGUCGACCAACAUACUGAGCUUAGCUAUCUCGGAACCAUGGCCCCAAACAGACCCAAGGUUCUGGAACGUAGCAAUCCGUACGCAGCGGAAGGGCCGCCAAUUACACACCCUUCUGCUGGCCUUUCUUACCUCCGUACGCGAAUGUUCCAAGAAAACCACCCGAUCUAUGGGCCCCAGAAACACCACCCUCCGAUUAAGUCUAGAGUUUUGAGGCCGGCGAACACUACGGCGGGCAUUUAUAGACCUAGCAUCGGUGUCGGUGGAUUUGUCGGUAGCAUUUCGGGCGGAGACAACAUGUUUAACGAAACGAGACAAUCGAAUACUGCCCGGUCCAGGAGUCUCCGCAACGUCGAGCUGGAAAAGUAUGGCGGCAGUAAGAUAUACACGCACCUCAACUUCGCCACGGUCAGCUCCUCCGGAAGGACAACGAUUAGCAUAACGGACAACCAGGGACAGACUGAGAUGCAGGCAGAAAUCGUCCAGAAGGAAUUGGUGGGAGAGGGCACCGUCUUCGAAGAAGAGCUGCGGAUGCGGAAUUCCCCUCCCAUCCCGCGUAACCCAAUGGCGAACCAGAAUACCUACAGCGCUCGGCCCGGUAGCCGGAUCCCAGGGAACGCGAGCAGCUAUGGUUUAGGGAAUAUUUUUUCAGACAGAAGAUAUUAAAUGAUGAUGCCACUCACCAAUAAAUAACCUGGAUUCAGGGGAAAGGGGCACGCGCUGUGUAUUAUAUGGUGUAUACCUACUCGAUGCCAUCUAAAUAAGUGUCUAUGAUAGGUACUGAUGUUUUUCUCUACCUAUGUAAUCUAUAGUAUGUAUCCACUGGCAUUACAGCUUCGAGUACGACGGUAGGUAUGUACAUGUACCUUGAGAAUAUCAAUGUGGAUACUUGAAUGCUUCAAUGUUCUUUUAACUUUGAACCGACAAUAACCGUUGCCAACUGUCAUGGGCUGUUAAUUACCUAAUCCCCCUACUACGGCGGUACAGUAGUAGUAGGCUAGUAGCAAUAACUCUUUCCUGCCCUAGUACCCACCCGGAGUUUUACCGAAUUUUCCCCCACACAGAAUUCACCCACUC